AUGACUGAAAAUGAAAUAUUUUUCAUUGAAGGUUGCCGGUUAAUCAAUCAUGUAGUCGGCGAGCUCCACACGGCAAAUAUCUUGGAAUGUUCUCUGAACUGUCUCAGAAAGUCUCCUGUUUGCAAGGCUAUCAACUACAGUGAGAACAAGCAACAAUCGAAUCUACCGAAUUGUCAAUUAAUUAACGCAACGGAAACCACGCACCCCCAGAAUUUACUGCUGGACAAAGAUUACGAUUUUUAUGAAAAAUUGGAAAAGGAAGUACACAACAAAGACGAAGUGACUCCAUCGUAUAAUGCAACUUUCACAAAUCUUGGAGCGACAGGACGUUUCGGUCCUACUUCGCUUGGUUCUUAUUAUGUUGGUAAAGAUAAUGAGAAAAUGGUGACAGUCCAAAAUGGUACACAGUUCUGGACAGUUCCCUACGAUGGUACAUACGAAAUAACGGCAGUUGGUGCAGCCGGUGGAUAUGACAUAUUUGGACCAACCAGUACGCCAGGUCGAGGAGCUUACAUAAAAGGAGAAUUUCAACUGAACAAAGGAGAUGUGCUAAAAAUAUUGAUUGGACAACGAGGUGUAAAAAAUACAGAGAGAUAUUCUGCAGGAGGAGGUGGAGGAACGUUUGUGGCAACGGCAUCGAACACCCCAUUAAUUAUUGCUGGAGGGGGUGGUGGUACACAAAGCCUUAAAACCAGGUUGCUCAACUGUGAUGCAAGUACCAGCAGGUCAGGAAAUAAAAACGCGUGCAUUGGUCAAUGUAUAAUUCAAUCUGGUGGUUCUAAUGGAACUGGUUCUCGAAAGACAGGCCAUUCGAAGUCAGGUGGUGGCGGUGGUGGAUUUCAAAGCAAUGGACAUAGUGGUUCAUAUUUCGACGGAUCUUUUGGAGAGGGUGGAGAAGGGGGAAGAGGAUUUCUUCAAGGAGGAGCAGGUGGUCGCUCAUUAGUACGAGAUAAUGCUCCCGGAGGAUUUGGCGGAGGAGGUGGUGCAUGGGGAUGGAAUGGAGGAGCAGGAGGUGGAGGAGGAUAUUCGGGAGGAGCAUCUGGUGAUAAUAAAGAAGGUUCAUGUGGUGGAGGAGGAGGAUCUUUCAAUGGCGGAAAGAAUCGCUUCCAUAAAGCAGGAUAUCUUGCUAGUGGUCACGGUUUUGUUCGGAUCAAGCAUUUAUCGCAUAGAUUUUCAUAAGUCAUGAAGUAUGGAUGUUGCAA